AAUUAGGUAGACUUAGUUGCGAAGAAAGAAAAGACUGCAAAGCCCCGAAGGUUCGCGGAGAUCCCUCUUCUCUAGGGCUCUCGUUGUCGGCGUUGUGGCUUCACUGGGUGAGAUCGAAGAACAGGCGAGAUCUAGCUGAUAAUCUGUGAAUUUAUUCCGUAAAUGGAUCAGAUAUUGAACAAGGUGGGAUCGUACUGGAUUGGUCAGAAGGCCAACAAGGAAUUGAACUCCGUCGGCGACGAUAUCAGUUCAUUAUCCAACAGUAUUGAAGGAGGAGCCAAAUGGUUGGUUAACAAGUUGAAAGGAAAAAUGCAAAAGCCAUUGCCUGAUCUCCUGAAGGAGUACGACCUGGCAAUCGGGAUUUUCCCACGCGACGCCACCAAUUACGAGUUCAACGAGGAGACAGGAAAGCUCAUCGUGUACAUCCCAUCAAUUUGUGAAGUGGGAUACAGAGACUCAUCCAUACUGAGGUUUUCCACCACCGUAACCGGUUAUCUCGAGAAAGGCAAGCUGGCCGACAUAGACGGAAUCAAGACAAAGGUGAUUGUUUGGGCUAAGGUCACAUGCAUCACUUCAGAUAAAUCGAAGAUUCAUUUCACUGCUGGGAUGAAAAAAUCCCGAAACAGAGACGCUUACGAGGUUCUCCGAGGUGGGAUUGCCGUAGAAAAAUUCUAAGACUAGAAUACUCCUAUAUGUCUUAAUACAAUGCCCUUCAACCAUACUACUACUCCCUACUGCCUUUCUAUCAGAUGUUGAUAAAUCAUGAAUCUUGGUGUAUAAAAGUUUCCUCUCAACACUUGAGGUAUUUGGUUUUUGAAUCAAGAAUUGUAUUUUAUUA